UCAUUCAAAAUGGCGAACUCAGAAGAAGCUGAACUCGAUGGUGCAACUGUCUUAGCUAAAUCCCUUAAAUCUCAGGGAGUAGAGUAUAUGUUUGGUAUAGUUGGUGUACCAGUAAUUGAGGUAGCUAUGGCUGCUCAAGCUGAAGGUAUUAAAUAUAUUGGUAUGCGGAAUGAACAAGCCGCAUCAUAUGCAGCAUCAGCCAUUGGUUAUAUGACUGGCAGGCCCGCUGUUUGUCUAGUUGUAUCAGGACCUGGUUUAGUUCAUGCAUUUGCAGGAAUGUCUAAUGCCAUGGAGAAUUGUUGGCCUCUUAUUGUUGUUGGUGGAUCAUGUGAUGCCAAUCAAGAAGGUAUGGGAGGUUUUCAAGAAUAUCCACAGGUUUCUUCUGCUAAAUCAUUUUGUAAAUAUUCAGCAAGACCAAGCAGUAUUGAUAGAAUUCCAUUUUUUGUUGAAAAAGCUGUAAGACAGAGUAUAUAUGGUAGACCUGGUUGUUCUUAUAUAGAUUUACCAGGAGAUAUGAUCACCCAGAAAAUACCAGAGUCACAUAUCAGAAUGUUAAAGAAAUGUCAACCAGCACCAGUGAUAUUAGCAGAUCCAGUCUGUGUUAAGCAAGCUGUUGAUGUUUUAUCUGCUGCUAAAAAACCUUUAGUUGUUGUGGGUAAAGGUGCAGCAUAUUCCCAGUCAGAAAACAGUAUUAAAGAGUUCAUCACAUUAUGGAAUUUACCGUUUCUACCAACACCUAUGGGUAAAGGAGUGCUUCCAGAUAAUCAUCCACAAUGUGUGUCGUCUGCUAGAUCAAAAGCUCUUCAAGAAGCUGAUGUGAUACUAUUAUUAGGUGCUAGAUUAAACUGGAUUCUUCAUUUUGGUCUUCCACCUCGUUUUCAUAAAGAUGUUCAAAUUAUUCAGGUUGAUAUUUGUCCAGAAGAAUUGGGAAAUAAUGUUGGUAAAUGGUUAGGUCUUGUUGGUAAUAUUAACAGCGUUGUCCAACAGCUUGUAGAUGAAACAAACAGACAAACCCAUAAACCUACAAUUAAUGCAUCAGAUCCAUGGUGGAAACUUUUACAACAGAAAAUGGCUACGAAUCAAACUACUUUUGAGGAAAUGGUAUCAGAUACAAGCAGUCCCUUAAAUUACUAUGCAGCGUUAUCAGAGAUACAGAAGGCCAUUCCUAAAGAUAGUAUAAUAGUAAAUGAAGGAGCUAAUACAAUGGAUAUUGGAAGAGUUAUGUUACUUAAUAAUUUGCCAAGACACAGAUUAGAUGCUGGCACAUUUGGUACCAUGGGUGUUGGUCUCGGUUUUGCUGUAGCUGCUGCCAUCUGGUGUAGAGAUCAUGCACCAGGUAAAAGAGUUGUCUGUGUCCAGGGAGACAGUGCUUUUGGAUUUUCAGGAAUGGAGAUCGAAACACUGCAAAGAUAUAAUCUACCUAUUGUACUGAUUAUAUUAAAUAAUAGUGGAAUAUCAUUUGGUAUUGAUCAGGAUACAUGGACAUCUAUGGAAUCUGCUGGAGAUAUGACAUUAUUAUCCCCACCUACAUCACUGAAACCUAACACUCAUUAUGAAAAAGUAAUGGAGGCUUUUGGUGGUCGUGGAUAUUGUGUAAAUAAUAUUGAAGAAUUGAGAAGAAGUCUGACAGAAGCUGUACAGAUCAAAGAUCAGUCAUCUUUAAUUAAUGUUUCUAUCAACCCAAUGGCUCAACGUAAACCACAGGAUUUCUUCUGGUUAACAAAGUCCAAGAUGUAAUCAAGAAUCAAGAUUAUUUUAAUUAUACAUAUUUGUAGGCUAAACAAGAAGAGAAUUAGAAUGAAAUUGUCUACAAUUCUGUAAAUUGUUAAAGUUUUGUUACUGAUUUUGAAAUUUUUAUAUUUUUAUGGACAGUCUAGGAUAAGAUAAUAUCUAAUUACCUCCCUCUAAUGCUUUACAUUAGCUCUCCAACUUUUGCAGUUAAUACAUUCACAAUUGGGUGGACAGUUUUCGUUUCAGUAAACAAUUGAAUGCAUAUGGCGAUUUUCAGUCAGCAAUAAACUACACUGUUCAGACUUGUAAUGUAUGCAUCCUAUGCAGCCCAAUGCUGGCUAGAUCCAAUACCUGUAGAAAUUUAACGAAACUUGGCAAACCUUUCAAAUUAUAGACCGGGAGCCCAGCAGGUUAGCCUAGCUGAAAAGUGAACCAAUUUUCACAUAUAUGGUA